AGGAGCAAUUUUUUGGCUAGGAUUGGCUUGUUAUCUUACUCAUCUAGUACUUGUCGCUCGAGCUAAUCUUUGAAAGGCUUCUCGUCCGGAAAUCAGGCAGAAUGGCAGCUUCUUUGUCGUCAACAAGCCUCCAUCUCUGCGGAAAUGGGAGAAAGUUCUCAUCUCUUAAGCCUUCUUUCGAUCUUCCUUCGAACCCAGGCAGCUACUCUCUGCACUUCCUCCAUAGUCGCAGGAAGCGUACUUCUUUUACUUCCUCUCCCAGGACUCUCACUGUGGUCGGCAUGGCUCCUCCCAAAACACCCGGGGGAAAACCUAAGAAAGUUACCGGAGUGGUAAAGCUGGCUCUCGAGGCGGGGAAGGCUACGCCCGCUCCACCUGUUGGACCGGCGUUGGGUUCUAAGGGUGUCAACAUUAUGGCUUUCUGUAAGGACUACAAUGCUAGGACUGCUGAUAAAGCUGGUUAUGUCAUUCCUGUUGAAGUCACCAUCUAUGACGACAGAAGCUUCACUUUUAUCUUGAAGACACCACCUGCUUCUGUUUUGUUACUUAAGGCGGCAGGAGCGGAUAAAGGUUCCAACGAGCCGAGGAAGGUGAAAGUUGGGAAAAUUACCAUUGAUCAGUUGAGAGGUAUUGCUCAAGAAAAGUUGCCCGACCUGAACUGUUCAAGCAUUGAGUCAGCAAUGAGGAUUAUCGCUGGCACUGCAGCUAAUAUGGGCAUCGAUGUUGACCCGCCCAUUCUUCAACCCAAGGAGAAAGUAGCAUUGUGAAUCUUUUAGUUUUUUGAGUUUCUGUUUCCUUUUAAUUGACCUUGGUCUUUGUCCAUCACACUUUGGAUGUACUACUACAUAGGGAAGUAUGCCCCAUUCAGAAGAAGGCCUAAAUCUAAUCAUUUUCUCUUACCACACCAUCGUUUGCUUGUUGAUAUU